CAGAAUAAAUAUGGUGGUUGUGACUAGUUUAGGCCCCCCAGACGAGGGUAUUCGAGCACAGCAGGAGAAUACUGAAGUAUAUUUGAAUAACCGAAGUCUAGGGAUGGGAACACUUUAUAUAUCUGAAUCCAGGGUUUCCUGGGUAGGAAUAUUAGAGAAGGGUUUUAGUCUUGAGUACAAACAUAUUGCUGUUCAUGCAGUUUCAAGGGAUCUUACACAAUUUCACCAGGAAUGUUUGUACCUUAUGAUCGACGUGAGAUUGAUGGAUUCUGAAUCUACCCCGACCUCGAGCAGUGCUGGUUCUGAUAUGGAGGAUAAUGAGGGUGACUCUGAGGGAGGAAUGACUGAAAUACGGUUUAUCCCGGAUGAUAAAUCCCGUCUAGAUCUAUUAUUUCAGGCAAUGAAUGAAUGCUCAGCUCUUCAUCCUGAUUCUGAUCAGUCUGAAGCUGAAGAGGAUGAGGAGGGUGGGGAGGAGGGGGAUGAGGAGGGGAUGUAUGAUGAUGCCGAAGAGGUUGGGGCUGGCGAUCAAAACGGAGGAGGAGAGGACCACAUGGAUGCCGAUUAAAACCAAAAAUUAGUUUCCUGCAUUUUUAUAAUCUCUGUCAAGUUCCGAAAAACUGGUGUAUUACUGUAUUACUGAUGAUUUACCUGUAUUUUUUAUAAUAAAAUCUUGAUUUUUUGUCAAA